GAAUAUUUUGUUAUUUGUGGGAUGCAAUGCACACAGCACUUAAAGGUUGACUGUAUAUAGGGGAUUCAGUCCUUCUGUGAGGAAUCUGGAGACACUGGACAGAGAGCAAUCCCAACCUGCGUGGACCUCUUUGAGAAUUACUCCUUUUAGAAAAGCAAAUAAUCUGCACAGAACAAAGAGCAACGAUGGGCAAUGAAAUGACAAGGGAUUUUCUAAGGAGACAAUUUGAAAAAUUCCAGAGAAAUUUGAGUCAAGGCAGCAUUCAUGAACUGGCUGAUAACUACCAAAAACAUUUAAAUGAGAUGCAAAAUCUGCCCCUUAAUAUUGCAGUCACUGGGCAGGCAGGUGCUGGCAAAUCCUCCUUUGUCAAUGCCUUCCGGGGUGUAAUGGAUGAUGAUGAUGAGGCGGCUGAAGUUGGAACAGUCAAAGGAACCAUGGUGCCAAAGGCAUAUCCCCACCCCUCUUGUCCCAAUAUCCAAAUAUGGGACCUUCCGAGGUUCGGAACGCCUAUGUUUAAAGAAGCCGAAUAUGUGCAGAAAGUCCAAUUUGAAAGAUAUGAUGUCUUUAUUAUGGUUACCGCUGACGGCUUUACUAAAAAUGAUGCUUUGCUGGCAAAAGAAAUACACAAAACGGGAAAGAAGUUUUAUUAUGUACGUAGCAAAAUUGAUAUUAGUAUCGAAGGUGAAAUGAGGAAAAAGAAUUUCAAUAUGGAGAAAACCCUGGCAUGUAUAAGGCGCUAUAGUGAAGAUAAUUUGAGAAUGGCAGGUGGUCCGUCUGCAAGAGUAUUUCUGAUUUCCAACGGGAAGGCAGACAAGUAUCGUUAUGAUUUCCCUCUCCUGAGAGAGACAAUGGCUGCUGAACUUCCUUACUACAAGAAGCAUAUUUCAACAAUGGCUGCGCAGUUUUUCUCUGAAAGUGAAUUGAUGAUGAAAAAAGCUGAAAUAACAUCAUAUAUAAAGAAAGUGGCAUUGGUAUCUUGUGCUUGUGGAGUAGUGCCUGUUCCAGGUCUCUCUAUGCUUUGUGAUAUUCCAAUAUUACUGGAUGCUCUGAAAUGCAUCUGCAACGCAUUUGGUUUCGAUGCCAAUUCGCUCCGUUUUUUGGCAAUUCACACUGGAAAAGGAUUUGAAGAGUUGAGAUCGGCUGUCAAGAAAACUCCAUUAGCCAACACAAUAAACAUAGGAUUGGUAUUUUCUCUAUUGAUGAGCUCAUCUCUCUGGAUUAAUGUGUCGAUUGUUGAAGUGGCUUUUACUUUUAUACCUCUUAUUGGGUCUGGGUUUGGUGGAGCAAGUUCAUUUGCUGUCACAUAUCAUUUUCUGAACACGUUUCUGGAUGAUGUUAUGGAAGAUGCCCGAAAUCUUCGAGCAACGCUUCUUGAGUGAUCCUAGUCCCAGGGAACCCUGUUUGAAGGAGACAGUCAAGCAUUUCCUCCAAUGAAAGCAGGGAAGGAAAAUAAUAAUGUGCUUCAAAGCCAUAGUAGAACUAUCUAUUUGCUUGCUCAAUUGAAGUAUGUGCUUGAUCAUAUAAAUAUGUUGUUUUAGUCGGGUUGCUUUUCUUAUUUUCUCUCUUUUACUUUUUCUGCUGUAUU